CGCGCGCUGGGCUGUUAAAUGAGCUGAUGAUAAGGAGCAGAAGUUUGACCUGCAGAAUGAAAUCUCCGUGGAUCCUGCUCUCCCUCGGCUUGCUGCUCCCCACGCCUUCGGCUGAGGGUGUUGCGAAGCCUAAUUUCGUGCUGAUGAUGGUGGAUGAUUUGGGAAUAGGAGACCUUGGAUGCUAUGGAAACACCACUCUGAAGACGCCCCACAUCGACAAGCUGGCACAGGAUGGGGUGAAGCUGACCCAGCACCUCGCCGCCUCCCCGCUCUGCACACCCAGCAGGGCAGCUUUCCUCACAGGGAGAUACCCCAUACGGUCAGGAAUGGCAGGUCACGGUCGUCUUGGAGUAUACAUCAUCUCUGCAGCUUCUGGUGGCCUUCGUCAACAGGAGCUCACAUUUGCCAGAAUCCUGAAAGAACAAGGCUAUUCAACUGCGCUAAUUGGAAAAUGGCACCUGGGCCUAAACUGUGAACACAGCACCGACCACUGCCACCACCCGAAAGCCCACGGCUUCGACCACUUCUACGGGAUCACCAUGACCAACCUGCGGGACUGCCAGCCGGGACACGGCUCUGUUCUCUACAACAUCCGUGCGCACCUCCCCUACGGCACACUGGGGGCUGCCCUGGCCACCCUCUUCGUCCUCCAUGCUGCUGGAACCAUAUCCAUAUCCUGGAGGCGUGCCCUGGGCCUGGUGGCUUUAUUGAUUGUGCCGUUGGCUGCGUUCGGCUUGUUUGUCCUCACAUUCCCCAGUUUAAACUGCUUCCUGAUGAGAGGAGACGAGGUGGUGGAGCAGCCGUACGUGUCGGAGAACCUAACGCAAAGGAUGACUAAUGAAGCAGUGGAGUUUCUGGAGAGGAGCUCAGACAGACCCUUCUUGCUCUUCUUCUCCUUCCUCCAAGUGCACACGGCCCUCUUCGCCUCGCCACGCUUCCGCGGCAGAAGCCGGCAUGGCCUGUAUGGAGACGCCGUCAUGGAAGUGGACUGGAGUGUAGGUCAGAUAAUGAAGACUUUGGAACGUCUUAAGCUGGUGGAGAACACCAUGGUUUACCUGACCUCAGAUCAGGGUCCACACUUGGAGGAGAUUUCUGUACAUGGAGAGGUGCACAGGGGCCACAAUGGCAUCUAUAAGGCUGGGAAAUCGACCAAUUGGGAGGGAGGCAUUCGGGUCCCGGGCAUUCUCCAUUGGCCUGGUCAGAUACCUGCAGGAAAAGUCAUUGACGAGCCCACCAGUAACAUGGACCUCUUCCCCAGUGUGCUGAAACUAGCAGGAGCUAAUAUACCCAGUGACAGGCAGAUCGACGGCCGAGACCUCAUGCCCUUGCUGCAGGGUCGAGUGGAGCGUUCUGAGCACGAGUUUCUGUUCCAUUACUGCAACGCCCAUUUAAACGCUGUGAGAUGGCACCCUAAAAACAGUACCUCAGUGUGGAAGGCCUUCUUCUUCACUCCAAACUUCUACCCCAAAAACGGGACUGCCUGCUUCCACACCCACGCCUGCUUCUGCACCGAAGCCUACGUCACCCGCCAUGACCCUCCACUUCUUUACGAUCUCUCCAGGGACCCAUCUGAAAACUCCCCUCUGACCCCGGCCACUGAGCCUAACUUCUCCUCCAUUGUGGAGGUGAUGGUGGAGGUGGCGAGGGUCCAUACCCAGGGCAUACAGCCUGUGGUGGACCAACUCUCUCCUGGGCACUUGGUGUGGAAGCCCUGGCUGCAGCCAUGCUGCUCGUCUCUCAGCCAGCUGUGUCAGUGUGAGCGAGACCACCAGAAAGGAUCUCUGGACUUUGAGGUGGAUGAGAUGGACACAAGACGGAAAGAUUACGAGAUCUGAUGUUGUUUCAAUUCUGGAUUGGACACAGUAAUUGUUUUAAUUGGUUGGGGGUACCAGAACUAAUGCAGAAAACGCCUGCUUGAAUGUCUGUAAGUGAGAAUUAAGCACAAGUGGGAAAGUUUAGAUUUUAAAAAAGGCACUUUAUCUUUUUUUUUUUUUUAAACCUUUGACCUACACACUUUGACCUACAUGCCAAAAAUGGUGAAUGAUCGUGACUGGCGGUGUCUGGCUAAAAUUCUCUCUGCAAACAGAUAUUCCAUCCACAUUCAAUUUAGGAGAUCCCAAAUGCAUAUUUCUCAAGUUAGUGGGGCUUUCUUAAGCUCCAAUGAACCAUGGCAAAAUUCAUUCGCAGAAACUAGUAGGUAAAUGUUGUUGACUUAUUGUGUGAUAAGUAAAGGAUGAUCAGUGUAAUGUCUAAAGCCCUAUCCAGAUGGGAUUAGUUUCUCAGAGGGUUUUGGGGUUUUUAGUCCCGUUCAGACACAAAUCUCUGAGUUUCGUCACCUCACGUUUAAUAAAAUAGCUAUUCGUCCACUGUACGCACCGUAGUUACACUUUAGCCGUGUGUUUCCAUAAAGAUCCACAUAAACACAACAGCGAGAGGAAAUGGAGGAGCUACUGAACGUGAUGUCAUG